AGGAUGAAUGGGCUCCCACCUUUUGGAUCUUUAAGUCUCGUAGAUAAAGAUAAUCAGUCCUACUUACAAGAACUUCAUCAUGAAAAAGACAGACUGGACGGCAGUUUACGGCACUGUAAAAGACUUAUCGAACACGAGAUCCAACACGUACAGCAGUCAGCAUUCGUACAUCCCAUGUUCUGGAGGAUCCGAGUAGAGACUUUACCUACACAGAUUAUCAGUGCAGAUGGAGCUAAUGUCAUCGUCAAGGCCAGUGGAAAAGUCUACUUGCCAGUCCAAGAAAAUCCUGAUGCAAGGAUGAGCGGCAUGCCACAAGAUUUCAACUUUGUGGGGAGGCUACUUGGACCACGAGGUCUGACUCUGCAGCGUCUGCAGGCGGACACCCGAACAAAGAUGACCGUUCUUGGUCGAGGCAGCAUGAGGGACAAGCAAAAGGAGGACGAAUUGAGGAGCAAGCCCAAACACGAGCACUUGCUGGAGGAGCUGCACGUGCUAAUUGAAGUAGAGGGAGCUCCCGGGGUAGCAGAGGCUAGAUUCCAUGCUGCUUCUGCUGAGAUUAAACACAUUUGUCUCCCUGUGGACCCGCUACAUGAUCAGAUAAAGAACGAACAGUUACGUGAGCUGGCCGUCCUCAACGGUACAUUCCAGCCCGACUAUUUGGGGGGCAACAGUUCCAGAGGUCGUGUACAGACGAUGACCUCCAGGAUACCUGGUGGUGCAGGUGGAGGAGCUCGCGCGAUGCGCCCCACCUCAGCGGGGGGUACCACAGGAGGCCCGGGUGGUGUCUCCACCGGGGGGCUCCCACCCACUUUCCCACGUAACGUACAAACGCAAUUGUUGCGUAACACUAGCCCAAUAGAUCCGUUCCUGACUCCUGCCGUAAGUGCAAAACAGCAAGUGCCCUUCCUAAAUGAAAUCAGUUCUCUAUUGGCCUCCUACAUGUAAUAUCUACAUGUAUCAGUGUUGUGACGAAGCCCUGGUCUUGGUUCGGCGGUAACAAUCACCCGCCCGGUCCCUCUUCAGGUCAUCUCCGAUAAUGCACGUGCUGUGCGCGCUGCGCGCUACAAGACUCGCCAGCACGUGCACCCCUUUUCUCGUCACAACUUGGAUUCACGCCACGCUAAAUCGACCACAUUUUUAUACUGUAUGUGCCACGUGGAGCCCAAUUAAGAACACUAAUUUCCCAUGAACUGCACUGUUUGGUAUAAAGUUAUAAUGAAUAAUGAAUAUAUCAUUACAUCGCUGUAAGGUUUACUGCUAAUGCUACGCAAAUAUACAAUAUAAAUUAAUUGGUAGUGUUAUAGUGUUAUCUUUACAGCCCUAUUUUUCAGGUGCAACAGUUAAAUCGUUAUUCAGUUUAAUAAAAACCCGUUUUCAAUAAUAUAUGCAACAUUUUUAAUAUUAAAACCCAUUGCUUACUAAUGAAAUGAUUAGUGGAAAAGCCAAAUCUCUGUAUAUUAUCAUCUAAAACUGUUAAUAUAUUAUAAUAAAGAUUGAGCAAAUGUAAUACGAUACAGGGUCAUAGUCAUUUAUUAACACAAUCUUUCUUAAAAUCGUAUUAUCAAAGAAAAGUUGCAUUCCCAUCGCACAAAGUUAUAUAUCAUGGUAAUUGGUAACCUGGUAACCUGGUAACCUGGUAACCUGGUAACCUGGUAACCUGGUAAUCUGGUAACCUGGUAACCUGGUAACCUGGUAACCUGAUGUGUUCAGUUUGAAUUAACGUUUGCUUUAACCUAUAAACAUAGAUAUAGUAGGGGUUUCACUUGCAAAUAUCUAUGUUAUCAAGCAUUUAAUUUAUUCAAACUGAUACAAUAUCAGCGGUAAAACUUAGUGCUUUGUGUUUUAUACCAGUGUAUCUUCCUAUGUUAACGCUCUAAAAUAUCAUGCUUAAAACGCCGUGGGUAGAGCACCCGAAACAUAUAUUUUAAUAAAAGCAUUAAGUUAAUAAUAUUGAUUACACUCUCUGCUGGAUAGUAUGUCUCAGAUGUAUGUUUCUAAACUUGAUAUUAGUGGUUAUGACCGGGGUAUGUGUCCUUUUCACAAGUUACUAUACCUCAUAAUAGGCUUGUAGCAUUAGCUCGUAUCUAGCUAACAGGUCAAACCGUAUAGCUAGGAAGCUUUUGAAACUGACUAUUAUAAAUCAUAGUUCUAGUAGGUGUUUAGUAUUUUUGUAACCACGUGAUAUAUUUUAGGCUUUGUCUCAUUCUUCCUUUGACACAAGUACUACAUUCUACACAAACCCCGGAUAGCUUUACUUGUGAGAUGCUGGUAGUAACCAUAGUAAAAUGGCGAUAGCUGGUAGUAACCAUAGUAACUUGGCGAUAGCUGGUAGUAACCAUAGUAACAUGGCGAUAGCUGGUAGUAACCAUAGUAACAUGGCGAUAGCUGGUAGUAACUAAGUAGUAUAGGUCAGGUUUGCUAUAUUUGCUAAAACUACCUAUUGCUCUGUCUGUUAAGGGUAUCCUUUAGGGUCUAAUAUAUCUACGUGUUUUCUUUUGCAAUUUCAUUGUGGGGAGAAUAUAAACCUGUGCUGUCUAUAUAAUAGACCAGCUACAUUAUUUUUAAAAUAAUAGCUUAUAUGCUAUAUCAUAGUAUACGUAAAUAUCAAUAUAAUAAUAAGUAAGCAGUCAAUAAGUAGUAAAGGAUUAAAGUUGCCGUGUUGAUAGUGAACCUUAUUUAAAAUGGGGGAUGUUAGGGGUAUUUAUUUAUUUCAUUUUCUGUUACCAUCUGGACGAUGUAGAUGUAAUGUAGUUGUUUGAGUGACAUUUAUUUUAUCAGCUGACCUUCUUCAAGUUGAUAUGACGUCAUAGUUCAUAUGACGUCAUAGGCUCAAGCAAUUUAAAAAUAAGGGACCCAAUUUUAAGAACUGUAUGUCAUUUUAAGUGUUAAUUAAAUUUUUUCUAGAAAUGUCAUAAUAUAGAUUUGGAAUUUGUAAUGCUUUGUGUCAUUUUUUAGUCACAAUGAUAAUGAUAUGUCACAUAAUUUAGUCACAUUUUAGUACACUUUAUCUUUGAUCACUGUCCCAUAUAUUAUAACGCUCAUGAUUAUUUUUACCACGUUGUUACGAGUUGCUUUUUGUACUUGACAGUAUAUGAUAUUUGAUUAUUUUUAUAGUAUUUUAGCGUUACAUACAUAAUGAUAGCUCUGACGACACCAAAUUUGUAGUCGAUAGUUCCAUGACACGUGAAAUUAUAUAAUUAAUUAUAAUUAUGUAAUUAUAUAUGUUGGCUUCAAUUGAAGAUCUUAUUCAGGCAGUUGCAGUAGUUAUCAUUAUAAAUAUUAUAUUAUAUGAACUUUUGAGGUAUUGAUUCGAGUGAGAAGGUAGCAAUUUUUGAACUUAUAAAACUUUAUCAUAGUAAUAUUACGCAUAUUCUUUGACAUUUUGUACCAUGAUGCCUAAUGUUACAGCUCGCUGCUUAUAGUCACAGUACACUACUGUUUAGUCUUACAUUAUGAUAAUAAUAUAGGGUUUUAGCUAAAUCUGCAACUUUCGCUAACUUUAUUAUCCAAUUAAAGUUAAAUAUUCUAUUUUAACACAGAUUCAGUUGAUAAAUAUUUAAACGUAAUAAGAUGCGAUGACGUAUUUAAGCUUUAUGAUGUUGAAAUGGGAGGGAAAGAGUGGUAUUCAGUAAUCACGGAAAGCCUCAAUUCCGGAAUAUCGUAUUCUCGGCAAAUAGUCCCAGCACUUAAGUAAUAAGUAAUGUAGCAACAACUCUUUAAAUUGGACCACUUAAAUUGGACCAC